UUAGAAAGAACAGAUCGGCUCACUUCGGGUCCCCUACUGCAAUUUUAUGAACAGUUUCUCAUAAGAUUGAAGUAGAGGAAACGAAAUCGAAGACACCCGAUCCGCACUCUCUCUUUUUAGACGACCAUAUUAUAUUGAAUCAUUACAAACAUUCAGAGUGUUAUGAAUUAACUCUUUCAUACCUUCAUACCGGCGUGUUGAAUGGUAGCAAUAAGCACUUGAUAGUAUUUAUACUGACGAGAAAAUUGUUAAUAUCUUCCCUACUCACUAGUAUAACUACAGAAAUAAAGAUUUUUUGUAUCACAUUGUUCCUUCAAAAUAAAUUUUUCUGAAGAUCAAGAAGUAAAGGCAAAAUUUGGAUUAUUCAACUGUGUGAUAAUAAAUUAGAUGAAAUUUUUGAUUUUUGUACCUACAAUUCAACCUUGGCUUCAAAAACUAUAAAGACUUCAAGGACUUACAAUUCCAAAAACUCGAUCUUACAAAAUGCCGCUUACUGAAUUACACAAGGUUAUUAAAAAAUUAGACUUUAAAGCUUUUGAAAGUUUGAUUGAAAGGAGCACAGACAUCAAUGCAGUUGACGAUGAAAAUAAAACACCAUUGCAUUACGCUUUCGCGAAUAAUCAUGAAGGAAAUAUGAUCUCAAGUCUGAUUGACCGUGGAGCAGACAUCAAUGCGAGAGAUAAUGAAGGCAAAACACCACUACAUUAUGCUGUUGAUGAUUUUACUACCAAAGUAAAUAAAUAUUCACCCAAAUACAAUAAAAACAAUGAUAUGAGUAUCUACAGCUUCAUCAUGCUUGAACACUUACUCAAUAAAGGACCAGAUAUCAAUGCGGUUGACAAUCAAAACAAAACACCAUUGCAUUAUGCUGCCGAAAAUAAGACCAACAGACAAAUAACUGAAUUUUUACUACCGUAUAAACCGGACGUCAAUGCAGUAGAUAAUAAAAAUAAAACACCAUUGCACUAUGCUGCUCAAAACAGCUUUAGAGCAAUGUUUUGUGUAAGUGUCUCAAGGACGGAUGAGGAAAUUGAUACUGCUGCGGAUAAUGCUGAGGCUGGUGAAGAGUCGCAGGAUAAUGAUUUUAACAGCGAAUUCAUUAUUAAGAAUUUAGUUGAUGCUGGAGCGAUUGUUGAUGCAGUCGAUAAUGAAGGAAGAACCCCAUUACAUUUGGCUAUUUAUCAUUCUAAUGAUCCAAUAGCAAUCAAGUACCUAAUUGACCACGGGGCAGACGUAAUUGCAGCCGAUCAUGAAGAAAAGCAACCAUUGCAUUUAGCGGCUCAACAUCCUGAUGCUAAGGAAAUUUUUGAAUAUUUAAUCGAGCAGGGAGCGGAUGUUAAUGUGGUGGAUCGCUGGAAACAAACACCAUUGCACUAUUCUGUAAUUCGUUCUUACCCAAUUGAUUGUAAUAAUGAAAAUCAGAUCGACGAACGAGUUGAAUGCUUACUCAAGCAUGGCGCGAAUGUCGAUGCUGUUGAUUACAAAGGUAAGACGGCUUUGCAUUAUGCUGUGGUCCCUAAAAAAAAUUCCCUGGAGAUUAUUGAAUUAUUGAUCAAACACAAAGCGAAUGUCGAUGCUGUUGAUUACAAAGAUAAGACGGCUUUGCAUUAUGCUGUGGUCUCUCAAAAAAAUUACCUGGAGAUGACUAAAUUAUUGGUUAAACACAAAGCGAACGUCAAUGCUGUUGACGAUGAAUGCAAAACACCACUGCAUUUAGCUCUCGAAAAUUCCAUCCCAGUGUGGAAAUUUUUAAUCGACCAUGGUGCUGAUGUCAACUCUAAGGAUCGUGCGCAUAGAACACCGUUGCACUAUGCGGUUUCUAAAGGUUGCAUUGAAAUUGUUAAGUACUUAGUCGAGCAUGGAGCGGAAGUUAAUGCAAGAGAUGAUGAAGAUAAAGUACCACUUCACUUAGCUUUUGGACCUUCUUUAACCUACAACUUGGUGGAGUAUUUAAUCGAUCAUAAAGCAGAUUACAAUGCGACCGAUCGUUGGUUGCAAACACCCUGCUAUUUAGCUGCCGGAAGCACCGACGCCGAAGGAAUUUUAGAGUAUUUAGUCGAUCGAGGAGCGAAUUUAAUGGCUAUGAAUUAUUAUUUCAAUAUACCAUCAUCAAGGCUUGUUAUGAAAAGCAGUAGUGAUGAGGAUGAUGAUCCACCGGUGGAAAUUUUUAAAAACUUGAAACGCCUGCGGGAUGAAUAAGCUCGACUACCCAGUUAGCACAGGUUGACUAUCAACCAAGUUGAUGUUCAAUGGUUUAUGUCAACUUUACGUUAACCGCCUCAAACUCCCCUCGCGGUUCUACAAUCACGGUAGAACAACGGUGAAACCACGUUCACGGUAGGAACAUCAUGAAACCACUGUAGAACAACCGUGGUUUUCGGCCAUUCGACCACCGUAGUUCGAACGUGGUUUUAUAGAUUUUACAUAGUGAUUCCAUAAUGGUUUUUUCGAUUUUUAUCAAUGGUUUAAUGGUAGCUUAGCAAUGUUUAAAUUGUGGUUCUGGGAUGGUUCUACAGCAGUUUAUUCGUUACUCUAUAGUGAUUUAACGGUGGUUCUGUAAUACUUAUAAUGUAGUUUUGCGAUGGUUUUAUAGUAGUUUUUUCGUUUUUCGACAGCAGGUAAACGGUAGUUUAUCGAUAUAUCUAUUGUGGUUCUGCGGUGGUUCCACAGUGUUUUUUUCAUUUUUCUAUAUUUGUUUAACGGUGGCUUUGUAAUGUUUCUAUUGAGGCUCCACUAUGGUAUUUUUGUUUUUCCACAGCAUUUUUUUUGUGGUUUUACAGCGGUUUAGCAAUGGUGUUGCAAUUUCUUUUUCGUGAUUCCAUGUUGAUUUUAUGGUAUUUCUACAGUGGCUAAGCAAUAAAUUAAUUUUAGUUCCUUGAAAACGUUUCAUUCAAAAAUACGUCGGUUCCCAAAAAAAAAAUUUUUUUUGUACGCCCUUAUGGCAUCCGAGGUGGGUCCCGGGAGCCAU